GCAGAUUGGGAGGAGAGGUGGAGGUGGAGGUGGGAGUGGGAAUGAGAAUAUUGUGUUGGGGAUUGGGGUUUGUGGGAUGAAGGAUAGUUGUGAGGCUUUUGGACAGCCGAAUAUGUGCUGUCCCACCAACAUGACAUGCCACAGCACCUCUUUCUCCCCGUCCGGCGUAUACUGCUGCGUAGUGACAACAACAGAAGACGAGUGUCUAGCUACCGCAGACCGUCGUCCCCGCUGCGAUCCUCGCGCUUCGGCAUGUGGUAACGACUUCGGCGGCGGGUGUUGUCCCCCGGGUACGCAGUGUGCGCAUGAUGGGUGUCUGAAGGUGUACCGCGCUGCCCCUGGGUUUGCGACGAGCGUUUUGAGCGGCUCGCAGGUUCCACCGACUUUGCUGGGGACAAGUACUGCUACUACUACUUCGAGUGGAAGUGGAAGUGUGGGAACAAGCACACCGACGAAGACUACAUUAGGACUAGAAGACGGCGCUACAGUACUGACUGUGAAGACGGCCGAGACGGCUUUGAGUGGAGGAGCCAAGGGUCUUAGACCUGAUUUUGGGUUCUCUAGUUGUGUACCACUGGAGUUAGCAGCUUAGGGGGUUGCGCUUGGGGUUGCGUGGUUUAUGGUUCUGAGAUAUGCUUAAGGGUGUGCCCUCGGUGAGUGAAGGUUGACGGCGUUGUGGGAGAAUGAUUAGGGGCCUGAGAAGAACUUUCGUAUAAAUCGUACGUCGUUCAUACAUGUAGUAUCAUUAGUGGUAUCGGUUUACCUAUAGUAGAACCUUAAGAUUGAAUAAAGCUUACCUAAAGGAGAUCCCUAAAAAUGUUAGUCCUAAAUUCAUGAUAGCAUCUAGAUUCCCACGUUAGAAUUCGAUGUUAAUUUCACCCAUCUCCUAGCGUAGUAAUCCGCAAUUUCAAAUGACGUUGGCUCUUCUCUUGUGAUAUGCAGUUAGUCGUAACCAUGGGGAUGGGGCUAGACGUCAAUUUGCG